AGGAAGUAGAAUUAGGGUUUUGUGGGAGGAGAAGUAAGCGUUGCAGUUGAGUGAAGAACUCUAGCAAUGGCGCCGAAGCAGAGAGCAGCAAGGAAGGUCGGCAGGAACCCUGAACUGGUGCGGGGGAUCGGGAAGUACUCUCGGUCUCAGAUGUACCACAAGAGGGGUUUGUGGGCCAUAAAGGCUAAGAAUGGUGGCAAGUUCCCCGUCCAUGAACCCAAGCCUAAGCCCCAGGCCCUUGCUCAAAAGCCUCCUAAGUUCUAUCCUGCUGAAGAUGUCAAGACUCCUCUUGUCAACAAGCACAAACCCAAACCCACCAAACUCAGGGCUAGCAUUACUCCUGGGACAGUGCUGAUUCUUCUUGCUGGAAGAUUCAAGGGGAAGAGAGUUGUGUUCCUCAAGCAGCUUCCUUCUGGGCUGCUUCUUGUGUCUGGACCCUUCAAGAUUAAUGGAGUUCCGUUGAGACGUGUGAAUCAGUCGUAUGUUAUUGCCACAUCAACCAAAGUAGAUGUGUCUGCUUGUAACGUGGAGAAAUUCGAUGACAAAUACUUUUCAAAGGAAGUCCAGAAAAAGAAAAAGAAGGGAGAAGGCGAGUUCUUUGAGUCCGAGAAAGAGGAGAAGAAGACCCUCCCUCAAGACAAGAAGGAUGACCAGAAGACUGUUGAUUCUGCUUUGAUAAAAGCCAUAGAGAGUGUUCCAGACUUGAAGUUUUACCUUGGUGCUAGGUUUUCUUUGAAGCAAGGCCAGAAGCCUCAUGAGUUAGUCUUCUAGAGGAAGGCAGAGUCUUAGAAUUUCUUUUUGAUAUUCUGUUUUGUGUUAAGACUUGGAUCUAAUUGUUGUCUUUUGAUAAUAGACAUUUGCGAAUGUGUUUUUUUAUGUUGUUAGUUAUCAACAGAUUGGUCCAGUGAUUUUGUCUUCAA